AUGACGUCAACUGCGCAGGAACAGAAACUGCCCUCUCCGAUUGCAGGGCUCUGCCUUGGGGACACAAUAACUGUAACCACGGAGAAGAUGCUGGUGUUGUGUGCUCAGGUAACCUUCAUCUACCACCACUCUGGCAUUUCAGAAGUGGCUCAGCUCCGACUGGUGAACAGCUCGAGUCGCUGCGCUGGGAGGGUCGAGGUGCUUCACAACCAGCAGUGGGGAACCGUGUGUGAUGACAGCUGGGACUUACAGGAUGCCGGAGUUGUGUGCAGGCAGUUGGGCUGUGGGACGGCGUUAUUAGCCCCAGAAGGGGCUCAAUUUGGGCGAGGAUCGGACCCUAUCUGGCUGGAUGAUGUCAACUGCGCAGGGACAGAAGCUGCCCUCUUCGAUUGCAGGGCUCCGCCUUGGGGAGAGAAUAACUGUAACCAUGGAGAAGAUGCCGGUGUUGUGUGCUCAGGUAACUUGCAUCCAUCACUGGCUCAAAUCCGACUGGUGAACAGCAGGAGUCGCUGCGCUGGGAGGGUCGAGGUGCUUCACAACCAACAGUGGGGAACCGUGUGUGAUGACAGCUGGGACAUAACUGAUGCUGGAGUUGUGUGCAGGCAGCUGGGCUGUGGGACGGCGUUAUCAGCCCCAGGAGGGGCUCGAUUUGGGCGAGGAUCUGACCGUAUCUGGCUGGAUGACGUCAACUGCGCAGGGACAGAAGCUGCCCUCACCGAAUGCAGGGCUCAGCUUUGGGGAGAGAAUAACUGUAACCAUGGAGAAGAUGCCGGUGUUGUGUGCUCAGACGCUGGCAGCUCAGAAGUGGCUCAGAUCCGACUGGUGAACAGCAGGAGUCGCUGCGCUGGGAGGGUCGAGGUGCUUCACAACCAGCAGUGGGGAACCGUGUGUGAUGACAACUGGGACUUACAGGAUGCCGGAGUCAUAUGCAGGCAGCUGGGCUGUGGAACGGCGUUAUCAGCCCCAGGAGGGGCUCGAUUUGGGCGAGGGUCAGACCCUAUCUGGCUGGAUACUGUCAACUGCACAGGAACAGAAGUUGCCCUCUCCGACUGCAGGGCUCGGCCUUGGGGAGAGAAUGACUGUACCCAUGGAGAAGAUGCCGGUGUUGUGUGCUCAGGCGCUGGCAUCUCAGAAGUGUCUCAGAUCCGACUGGUGAACAGCAGGAGUCGCUGCGCUGGGAGGGUCGAGGUGCUUCACAACCAGCAGUGGGGAACCGUGUGUGAUGACAACUGGGACUUACAGGAUGCUGGAGUCGUGUGCAGGCAGCUGGGCUGUGGGACGGCGUUAUCAGCCCCAGGAGGGGCUCGAUUUGGGCGAGGGUUAGACCGUAUCUGGCUGGAUACUGUCAACUGCACAGGAACAGAAGUUGCCCUCUCUGACUGCAGGGCUCGGCCUUGGGGAGAGAAUGACUGUACCCAUGGAGAAGAUGCCGGUGUUUUGUGCUCAGACUCUGGCAUCUCAGAAGUGGCUCAGCUCCGUCUGGUGAACAGCUCCAGUCGCUGCGCUGGGAGAGUCGAGGUGCUUCACAACCAGCAGUGGGGAACCGUGUGUGAUGACAGCUGGGACAUAACUGAUGCUGGAGUCGUAUGCAGGCAGCUGGGCUGUGGGACAGCAUUAUCAGCCCCCACUGGGGCUCACUUUGGGCAGGGAUCUGACCGUAUCUGGCUGGAUGACGUCAACUGCACAGGGACAGAAACUGCCCUCUCCAAUUGCAGGGCUCGGCCUUGGGGAGAGAAUAACUGUAACCACAGAGAAGAUGCUGGUGUUGUGUGCUCAGACUCUGGCACUUCAGACGAGGCUCAGCUCCGACUGGUGAACGGCCCGAGUCGCUGCGUUGGGAGGGUCGAGGUGCUUCACGACCGGUUGUGGGGAACCGUGUGUGAUGACAGCUGGGACAUAACUGAUGCUGGAGUCGUGUGCAGGCAGCUGGGCUGUGGGACGGCGUUAUCAGCCCCUGGGGGGGCUCACUUUGGACGAGGCUCUGAUCCCAUCUGGCUGGAUAACGUUCACUGCACAGGGACAGAAGCUGCCCUCUCCGAUUGCAGGGCUCGGCCUUGGGGAGAGAAUAACUGUAACCACAGAGAAGAUGCCGGUGUUGUGUGCUCAGACUCUGGCAUUUCAGAAGUGGCUCAGCUCCGACUGGUGAACAGCUCGAGUCGCUGCGCUGGGAGAGUCGAGGUGCUUCACAACCAGCAGUGGGGAACCGUGUGUGAUGACAGCUGGGACAUAACUGAUGCCGGAGUCGUGUGCAGGCAGUUGGGCUGUGGGACAGCAUUAUCGGCCCCAGGAGGGGCUCAAUUCGGGCGAGGAUCAGACCCUAUCUGGCUGGAUGACGUCAACUGCACAGGGACAGAAACUGCCCUCACCGUAUGCAGGGCUCGGCCUUGGGGAGAGAAUAACUGUAACCAUGGAGAAGAUGCCGGUGUUGUGUGCUCAGACUCUGGCACUUCAGAAGUGGCUCAGCUCCGACUGGUGAACAGCUCGAGUCGCUGCGCUGGGAGAGUCGAGGUGCUUCACAACCAGCAGUGGGGAACCGUGUGUGAUGACAGCUGGGACAUAACUGAUGCCGGAGUCGUGUGCAGGCAGUUGGGCUGUGGGACAGCAUUAUCGGCCCCAGGAGGGGCUCAAUUCGGGCGAGGAUCGGACCCUAUCUGGCUGGAUGACGUCAACUGCGCAGGGACAGAAGCUGCCCUCUUCGAUUGCAGGGCUCGGCCUUGGGGAGAGAAUAACUGUAACCAUGGAGAAGAUGCCGGUGUUGUGUGCUCAGACGCUGGCAUCUCAGAAGUGGCUCAGCUCCGACUGGUGAACAGCUCGAGUCGCUGCGCUGGGAGGGUCGAGGUGCUUCACAACCAGCAGUGGGGAACCGUGUGUGAUGACAGCUGGGACAUAACUGAUGCCGGAGUCGUGUGUAGGCAGUUGGGCUGUGGGACAGCAUUAUCGGCUCCAGGAGGGGCUCAAUUUGGGCGAGGAUCAGACCCUAUCUGGCUGGAUGACGUCAACUGCGCAGGGACAGAAGCUGCCCUCUUCAAUUGCAGUGCUCGGCCUUGGGGAGAGAAUAAUUGUAACCACGGAGAAGAUGCCGGUGUUGUGUGCUCAGAUUCUGGCAUUUCAGAACCAGCUCAGCUCCGACUGGUGAACGGCCCGAGUCGCUGCGCUGGGAGGGUUGAAGUGUUUCACAACCAGCAGUGGGGAACCGUGUGUGAUGACAGCUGGGACAUAACUGAUGCUGGAGUCGUGUGCAGGCAGCUGGGCUGUGGGACGGCGUUAUCAGCCCCACGAGGAGCUCGAUUUGGGCCAGGAUCUGACCGUAUCUGGCUGGAUGACGUCAGCUGCGCAGGGACAGAAGCUGCCCUCUCCGAUUGCAGGGCUAGGCCUUGGGGAGAGAAUAACUGUAACCACGGAAAAGAUGCUGGUGUUGUGUGCUCAGACGCUGGCAGCUCAGAAGUGGCUCAGCUCCGACUGGUGAACAGCCCAAGCCGCUGCGCUGGGAGGGUCGAGGUACUUCAUAACCAGCAGUGGGGAACCGUGUGUGAUGACAACUGGGACUUACAGGAUGCCGGAGUCAUAUGCAGGCAGCUGGGCUGUGGGACGGCGUUAUCAUCCCCAGGAGGGGCUCGAUUUGGGCACGGAUCUGACCAUAUCUGGCUGGAUGAUGUCAACUGCACAGGGACAGAAGUUGCCCUCUCUGAUUGCAGGGCUCGGCCUUGGGGAGAGAAUAACUGUAACCACAGAAAAGAUGCCGGUGUUGUGUGCUCAGGGCCGGUGGCUCAGCUCCGACUGGUGAACAGCCCAAGUCGCUGCGCUGGGAGAGUCGAGGUGCUUCACAACCAGAAGUGGGGAACCGUGUGUGGUGACAGCUGGGACUUACAGGAUGCCAGAGUUGUGUGCAGGCAGCUGGGCUGUGGGACGGCGUUAUCAGCCCCAGGUGGGGCUCGCUUUGGGCAAGGAUCUGACCGUAUCUGGCUGGAUGAUGUCAACUGCACAGGGACAGAAGGUGCCCUCUCCGAUUGCAGGGCUCGGCCUUGGGAAGAGAAUAACUGUAACCACAGAAAAGAUGCUGGUGUUGUGUGCUCAGGAACCUCCCUGAGUAUCCAACUGGUGAACGGCCCGAGUCGCUGCGCUGGGAGGGUCGAGGUGCUUCACAACCAGCAGUGGGGAACCGUGUGUGAUGACAGCUGGGACUUACAGGAUGCUCGAGUCAUAUGCAGGCAGCUGGGCUGUGGGACGGCGUUAUCAGCCCCAGGAGGGGCUCGAUUUGGGCGAGGGUUAGAUCAUAUCUGGCUGGAUGAUGUCAACUGCACAGGAACAGAAGUUGCCCUCUCCGACUGCAGGGCUCGGCCUUGGAGAGAGAAUAACUGUAACCAUGGAGAAGAUGCCGGUGUUGUGUGCUCAGACGCUGGCAUCUCAGAAGUGGCUCAGCUCCGACUGGUGAACGGCCCGAGUCGCUGCGCUGGGAGGGUCGAGGUGCUUCACAACCAGCUCUGGGGAACUGUGUGUGAUGACAGCUGGGACAUACAGGAUGCCGGAGUCGUGUGCAGGCAGCUGGGCUGUGGGAAGGCGUUAUCAGCCCCAGGAGGGGCUCGUUUUGGGCGAGGAUUUGACCGUAUCUGGCUGGCUGACGUCAACUGCAGAGGGACAGAAGUUUCCCUCUCCGAUUGCAGGGCUUGGCCUUGGGGAGAGAAUAACUGUACCCACGGAGAAGAUGCCGGUGUUGUGUGCUCAG